UGUAGGUGCAGCUGUUGUAGGUGCAGCUGUUGUAGGGUCAACUGUUGUAGAUGCAGCUGUUGUGGCUGCAGCUGUUGUGGGUGCACCUGUUGUAAGUUCUGCAGUUGUAGGUGCAGCUGUUGUGGGUGGAGCUGUUGUAGGUUCUGCAGUUGUCAGUGCAGCUGUUGUGGGUGCACCUGUUACAAUGUUUGA